UACCAUAACGUUGAAGGCUUAUGAUCGUGUCACAUAUUUUUACUGAUCCAGAUUAGUAUCAGGCUUUUAUUUAUAAGUUUUUUUUUAUUCAAAUAGCGAAAGAGUAGAGAGGGAUUUUAUCAUCUCUUUACUUUGUUAUAAAUUAUUUUUUCAUUCAAGGUUAGAAGAAACUGGUUUGAGUGAUCCCUCCCCACGCAGAGCAGCUCAGAGAUAGGGCUGGAAGCUUCUACAAGCCGGAAGAAGAGAACCAACGAGGAGGUGGCCACAAGAUGUCGCUGUUUUCAACGUUUACGAUGGGGGGAGAUAUAUACAUAGAAAUGCAAUUAAACAAUAUAACACCAAUUACAAUACAUUACGUAGUGUAAAUGAUUAUUGUACUUUAAAUGUGACGUUAUUAUUUAAAUAGAUUAUGUAAAUAACACCCCGUCUGAAUAAUACCUAAAAUACAAGUAUGAUUAUAAUAAAAUUAUAAAGAAUGCGAAAUUCAUGUAUUCCAAUUAAAGUAUAAUUUACUUAUUUUUUUUGUGUAUAAUUAAAGCACACACCGUAUUACGAAGUUAUGAAUAUGUUUACAUAUUUAUAUUUGGUAACUGAUUUUUAUAAUAUGCAAUUUGAAUCGGACUGGAUAUGACUUAAAUUAAGAGGAUACAUCUGCAUUCAGUGUUGCUGUUUCAGUUUUUAUCUUGUGACUUUAAGUUAGGAGGUGAAUCACUGGUUUUUGUGUUUGAUGUCAGAACAUUUACUGGCACAUCUUACUUAAAAAGAAAAUCGUCCUUAUAGGAGAAUUUGAAAUUGGACCAAUUUUAGUUGAAAAACCUGAAUAUAAACACAAACAUAGUCACAUCUGACUAUGUUUACUCUGUCAUAUGUUGUUAUGUUACAGCCAAAAACUUCAAUGUAUUUGAUUUGAAUUAUUAUGUGAUAGGCCAACACAAAAUAGUGCAUAAUUGUAAAAUGGAAGGAAAAUCUUUCACAAAUGAAUAUUAGACUGAACAUUUUGCCCGUUAUUGUCAAAAUAGCUCAAGCUCCGUCAGAUUCAGUUUAUAUUAAUUUUGUUAAUCUUCCCACGAAUUCCCAAUCUGAUUUAGAUCUGGACUUUGACUGGGCCAUUUUAACACAUGAAUAUGCUUUUAUAUAAACCAUUACAAUGUAACUCUGGCUGGAUGUUAGGGUCAUUGUGCUGCUGGACAGUGAACCUCCGCACGAGUCUCAAGUCUUUUGCAACACCUAAAAUGUUUACUUCCAGGAUUGCCCUCCAUUUAGCUCCAUCCAUCUCCUCAUCAACGCUGCCUAGCUACCCUGUCCCUGCUGAAGAAAGGCAUACCCACAGCAUGACACUUCUACCACCGGGGUUAUAGUGUGUUUUUGGAGGUAUGCAGUGUUAGAUUUUUGCCAUGUAUAACAUUUUGCAUGUAGGCCAGAACCAAACCAGAACAUCUGAACAUCUUCCACAAGUUUGCUGUGUCCCCUAACUGGCUUGUGAGAAACUGCAAACAGGACUUUCAAAUCAAUGGGUCCCAUUAAGGACAGGUUUGCACUGCAUGACCAGUAGAACAGCUUUAUUUGUGCUGGGAUAAAAUUACACACAGCUAGAAUCUUAUUUACAAUUUAAGUGAUUUCUGAAGGUAAUUGGUUGUACUGGAUUUUAUUUAGGGAUAUCGACUGUAAAGGGUGUGAAUGCCAAUGCACAGCACAAUAUUCAGAUUCUUGUUUGCAAAAACAAACAUUUAAAUUAGGUAUCCUUUCGUUCUAUCUCACAAGUAUGCACUGCUUUUUGUUGGUCUGUCACAUAAAAUCCAUUGAACUCCAAAAGCUUGUAGCAAUAUGCGAAAAAAAUCUGGGUUUGAAUGUUUUUGCAAGGUCCUGUAUGUUUAAAACAUGAUGUGUCGGUCAGUCCUUGCGAUUAAGCAAUAACAGACAUUUUGGCAAAACCAGUCAAAGUAACAGCAAAGCACAGAGCAAUUUCCCCUCCCUUUAAAAGGCUGAUUCACUGCGUUUCAAUGUGGAAGUGAUGGGCUCGGUGGCUAGUGUUGCUGCUAUCGCAGGCACCCAGCCAACCGAGCAAAUGAUGACGAAGCCAGAUGUGAAGCAAUUCGCAACUGCUGACACACACAGUAAUGUUGAACUGCACCCUGAUAUAAAUGGACCUCGACAAGUUUCAACUUGUUCAACAAAUGCAGAAAACUUUAAAAAUACAACCAGGGUUACUUUAAUUAGUGGAUUAUAUAACUAUAUCCAUGGGAAAUACAAAGGCUUGCAGUGACGGGCUGCUUAGCCUUGAUAGUUUAACAAUAACAAGGAAAUGAUUUUGUUUUCUCUUGGGCGGAUUUAGGAACAGAGACAAAAACAACUAAACUAGACUAAAAGAAGGGACACCUGUUCAGUCUUACUUCCUCUUAGACUAGUUUAGGUUUAUGCUACACUCCUGAUGCUAAUAAUUGACAAUAGUCUUCUUGUAUUUUAAAAAUAGAGCAAGCUGAACAGUCAGAUGCCUGUGUUUCACUUCCGUUUUAGGCAAACAUGACCCACCAUUACAUUAUGAUAGAAGAAAGGAACUGCUUUAAAUCACAAAACUCUCUUUUCUAAUGAUCAGUCUGUUUUCUUAGUUUACUUAAUGCAUAGUAGGCAUUGGUUUCCAUAGCGAUAAAGAACAUCACAAUCCCUUCCAUCCGUUCUUUGGAUUUUCUCCUUAAAUUCAAAGCUGGGCCUGUAUAGUACGCUGCUCUGUGCUCCAGGAGAUGGAGAUAGACUGUCCCCCAGAGGAGUCCAUAACAUCCACGUUCGAUGAGGACUCAGUUGAACGGGGAGACGUCAAGGACAUGAGGUUGGAGGCGGACGCAGUCAUCAACGAUGUUCUCUUCGCCGUAGUCGAAAUGCACGUCUCGCAAAGCCUCACCAGCGCAUCCGAUGUGGCCUACAUCAACGUGGAGACGAGAGAGGGGAACCGUUACUGUCUGGAGCUGACGGAGGCCGGACUCAGGGUGGUGGGCUACGCUUUUGAUCAGGUGAAUGAGGAGCUAAACACUCAGUAUCACGAGACUGUGUACUCUCUUCUGGACACGCUCAGUCCGGGAUACAGGGAAGCGUUUGGGAACGCUCUGCUGCAGCGGCUGGAAAAGUUGAAGCAAAACGGACAGUAAAAAGGACAAAGAGCAUGUGGGCAACUUUUGAAUUGUAAACACCCAAGUUUUUACUUUGGCCUGUUAUGUAACGUAUAAUAGCCUAGUUGCCACUACAAUAAAGGCUAUGGAGCCCUAUUAGCCUAGUUUUUCUUAACAUUGAAUGACUUCAUGUUAGUUUUAGGGACUGCUUCAGAUUGGCUGUUCGGGAUCUGUUGCAACAGUGUGCUGUUUACUGUGGAAAUAUCUAAUUUCUGUUAUAACUUAGUUACUGUAAGUGGAAAUUCUGCUCCUUUUUGUACUCGUUGAUGAUGCAGAGAGCCGUUUAUUUUGAUCUAGUUUCCACAUCUGCUCGCACUGAAGCUGUGACCUGAUAUCUGCUCAAAUAGCUCCUAACCAGUUUUUAUUCAGUCUGUAUCUCUUGGAAGGAGUUGUUGUAAAGCAAGUUGCCUUAAUGAGUGUGGGUUUAAAAAAAAAGUUCAUUAUUUACUGAGAUAACAACACAACUCAUUAAUACCUCAUUCCUCAGUAGUUUGAACAGGCUGAAACAGCAUUUAGUCCCACUCAUCAAAUUCAUUUAGAUAAUUGUUUAUUUUUGUAGUGUUUGCAUCUUAACUUACAAUUUCAGCUGUCCAAAUGUUCCUGUUGUUGGUUUUGUAUUGAAUCUCAUGGUUCUGUCAGAAAGCACAGCAUUUAUUGAUCUUCGUGACUUUUGGAGCUGCAUUAAACAUUUCUUAUUGUAUAUAUAACAUGUGUCAUAACCUAGUCAUAAUCCAUAAGUGUUAUGAAUUAGGCUGAGAAAAAACCUGUUCUCUAUCUGAAUUUAUACAUUUCCUUUCUUGUUGUUCUUUGCCAACAAUAAAAUCUCAGAUGUCAA